AUGGUCACAGUGGGCACAUCCGCUUGUUAUCUGCUGCAAAAUCCUGGUGACCCUCAAGUUCUCGCUGCACGAAACGAGAGGUCCAGAAUCCCAAAACUCAAGGCUCGAAGACCACCUUCUGCUGUCGAGCGACUGGAUGGGCAGCAAUGGCGAAUGAUGGCAACUAGAGAGAAUGGCACAUUCGAGUUUCAUUUGCCUCUCGAGGUCACACCGGAAGCUUACUCCUCAAAUACGUCGACCGCGGCGGAUGGGAGGUUCUAUACGCUCAAAUUUAAGUCCGUUGCUUCUGCGAUCCUUUGUGUAAUGUCCCAGAAUAUGAGCGGUAUGAUUGCAGGGAUGGUGAAAUGCAUGUUAUGCAGAUACCAUUGA